CAACCAUGGAUCAUACCGGUAUUACCUAUGAUGCUUAUACCAUGGAGCGAUGGUACGACCCCAGUCGUACAGACACAAUGCAACAACAGUCUGCCUGGGAAAGUGGGGAACCGUGGAAUAAAAUCAUGAGCCUCGGUACCAAUCUAAAACAAACUACUUCAGGGCCUGAUGGGAAUCGUUACGGAACGUUUUCAGGUAGAUCCGGAGUACGCGUGGGAAUAGCAGGAGCUGGAGACCCGAGUAUUACAGAUUUCGGUGAUCUCUAUGGCAACGUCAUGUAUUCCGGAAAUGGCGGAUCCAUGGAGGUACCAAUUGUUCGCGGCGCAGCCCUCCUAACACAUCUGUUUAACAACGCUAAUCCAAUCAUCUCACCGUUCUGUCUCAGUAGCAUCAAUGACAAGUCCGUACACUUUGACUGUCCGAAGGAAAAUUCAAUGGCAGAUGCCGGAAGUGGCCAUAUAUUCGGAAUUUGCAGCGGAGGAACCUUGCAUAUUAUGUUGGAUAACUCCAAACCAAUAACAGAAAUCAAUAAAAUCCAAUGGGCAGCAAGCAGCAGGGACCAGUGGGGAAGUCACCAUACCAUGCACAACUGUGACUCUAGCAAAUGUCGCCUCAGUAGCGACCUCCGUCACCUACAGAUAGACAUUCCCAAUGCUUCGGGUAGGAUGGUAUUCGCCGUUAACUAUAUUGGUCACUAUAUUUUGCCCUGGAAUUGGAUUGACCAUCCCGAGGAGGUCACAUGCACAGGAAGGCGAGAAACUAAUGACGUCACCAAUGAUGAAGUGUAUAAGAACAAAACUGUUGACGAAUCCUAUGACGUAGCACACAAUAACAAGAGACAAGCAAUAACCGAAAUACAGUUCGUGGCAUCAUGUGACCAGAACCACGAAGUAGAAAUACGUGUAGAUCUUGGCCACCAUGAUUUACCUGGAAUAGCACGUGUUCAGUGGGCUCUAGAAAACGAUAACGAGUGGAUAGGUUGUCCUUCUCGAUGUGUUCCCAUGCGCACGUGUACAUACGACAAGUGUACCAGGAAUGGACAAUACGUCAUCAUCAAAACACACAUGACCGGAAGUCGACUCAAGCUAGCUAUAAACGUGAUCGGACGGACUGUAUUGCCAUAUCAACACUGGAUGGAGGAGCCGUACCAGUUAACAUGUGGAGGGCCAAGUAUCAGUAGCCUCACCUACUUCCAAGGAGGUGGCGCAGUUACUAAGCAACCAACUCAUGCACCAGUAACCAAGCCAUCCACCCAUGCUCCAGUCACCAAUCCACCAACGCAUGCACCAAUAACAAAUGCCCCCACCAAUGCCCCUCCAGUCACACAAGUGCCAUCGAAUUCGCAUGGCACACAUACGCACAACCAUGUAAAUAUUCAACCAGGCAGAAAGUUCAUCAUGGAGCUGAAUGAGCCUGGUGAUGAACUCCCAAAUCAAACCAGGAAGUUUAUGCUUUAUUUCAGUGACUCUGUUACAAUGAACAUCAACAACGCUGAUAAUACAAUCACCUUUUCGCCACAGUCCGGGGGCGCGUAUUCCGGUCUCAUGCAGAUGGCGUAUCUAGGUGCUGGACCAAGGGGAGAUCACUCUUAUGACAAUGUCUUGGACAACAAUCUUGGUUUAUAUUCAUAUAAACCCAUUGCAUCAUAUUGUGCUUCUGAUUCGGCGAAUAAAGCUUAUGUGAAUUUCGACUGGAGAGUCAACAAUCAAUACGCCGCCUCUCCUUCCGGACAACUACUGAUGAUAACAAUGCCUCAUCAUGUUCUUCAAAUGGCACAAAGUAGCAACAUCAAGGAUACGGUUUACGGGUUCAAAGGUUACGAGGGGACAGAAUGGCUUCUCGAGAUGAACCUUCCGCGUGCGUCCAUGGAACCUGACGAAGCUUCUGUCACUAAAAUUAAGCAAAAUAACAAACAGCUUAGUGAAAUGUUGACAGCUAUUGCACGCGAUGCUUCUGAGCACAAUAUUGACACGAUCUGUAGCCAAUGGGAUAGUUAUGGCCUGGGAAAAGCAAUAGCUAUGUCAGCAAGGUUGGCAAGCAUAUCACGAGCAUUCGGUACUGACCACUAUGAGGAUAUAGACACACAAAUCAAGAAUUGUCUAGAAAAGUGGCUUCGUGUCCAAGAUACCCUGGCAGACAUGUGGAAGUUCCACUAUGACACUGUGUGGGGCGGCCUGUUCCUCCGAGCCACUAAUAACGCUGAUGUUGGCUAUGGAUAUGACUUUGGUUUCCCUUAUUACAACGACCACCACUUUCACCUAGGGUACCUUCUGUACGCCAUCGCCUACUACGUCAAACACCACCAGGACUGGGGCCAGCAGCACAAAGAACGUGUGUAUGCCCUUGCUAGAGAUGUCGGUAACCCGAGUUAUAUGGACAAAUAUUUUCCCGUUGUUCGCCAUAAGGACGUGUACAUGGGCUUCUCCUGGGCUACGGGCGUGGUUCCAGGCCAGAGACAAGAAGAAUCGUCCUCGGAAGCAUUGAACUGUUAUCAUGGCCUCGCUGCCUUGGGAGAUGCUUACAAUGACGACGUAUUGAAGAAGACCGGUCAGGUGACGCUUGCCACGGAGAUUGAAUCCGUAAAGGAAUACUUUCAUGUGCGGAACCAUAACGAGGCUCACUUUCCACCAAUCAUCAGAGGUUAUGGAGCAGUAGGACAGAUCGCUGAGGAUAACUUUUACGUUUACACCCUGAACUGGCCGUGCGCACCUAAUGUAUUCCCGAUGAGACAUGCAUGUCUAAUUGGUAUACAGAUAAUACCCAUUACAGCCGCGUCAAAGUACUGGAUGGAUCAGGAUUGGGCAUCUCAUAUAAAAAACUCGUGUACUCAAGCUAUCCAUCCAGAAACUGCACCCGAUUUCCAUCUGACUAACCCCGGGGAUAUGGGGAAACUUGACUCGGGCUGGGCGGCAUUCUGUUAUGCAGGCAUGGCUCCAUAUGAUGAUACACAUAUGCAAAUGGCUGCCGACUUUGUCAAGAAUAAAGGCCCAAGGCAGUUAGUAGGAGGAACUGGUGCCGCCAGUACCUUACUCUUUAUAUACGGACGUACAUAGUAUAACUCAACAACAACACUGGCUAGAAAUAUCUCAUUUGUCUCUACCAACAAUAAUCACCAAAACUACUGUUUAUAUACGGACGUACAUAGUAUACCUCAACAACAACACUGGCCAGAGAUAUCUCAUUUGUCUCUACCAACAAUAAUCACCAAAACUACUGUUUAUAUACGGACGUACAUAGUAUACCUCAACAACAACACUGGCCAGAGAUAUCUCAUUUGUCUCUACCAACAAUAAUCACCAAAACUACUGUUUAUAUACGGACGGACAAAGUAUACCUCAAUGACACUGGUCACAGAUAUCUCAUUUGUCUCUACCAACAAUAAUCACCAAAUCUACUGUUUAUAUACGGACGGACAAUAAUCACCAAAACUACUGUUUAUAUACGGACGGACAUAGUAUACCUCAACAACAACACUGGCCAGAGAUAUCUCAUUUGUCUCUACCAACAAUAAUCACCAAAACUACUGUUUAUAUACGGACGGACAAAAUAUACCUCAAUCACACUGGUCACAGAUAUCUCAUUUGUCUCUACCAACAAUAAUCACCAAAACUACUGUUUAUAUACGGACGGACAAUAAUCACCAAAACUACUGUUUAUAUACGGCCGGACAAUACUCACCAAAACUACUGUUUAUAUACGG